UGGCGCAGAAAACUGGGGCACAGAAGGCUGCGAAACGCAAACGUCUACCACCGUCCACACCAAAUGCCGGUGCAGCAGGAUUUCCACCUACGCCCUGUUAGCGCAGCAAGCUAAAGACCCGGACAUGGGUCCGACCAGCAUGCCCUCUGUGCCCCUCAUGGUGGGCUGUGGUGUCUCCUGCACUGCUCUGCUCAUCCUGCUGCUCAUCUACGCUGCCUUUUGGAGGUAUAUACGCUCGGAGAGGUCCAUCAUCCUGGUGAAUUUUUGCCUCUCCAUCUUGGCCUCCAAUUUAUUGAUUUUGGUGGGACAAUCACAAACGCUAAGCAAGGGCCUCUGUACUGUGACCGCUGCCUUCCUGCAUUUCUUCUUCUUGGCGUCUUUCUGCUGGGUGCUGACAGAGGCGUGGCAGUCCUACCUGGCUGUCAUCGGCAAAAUGAGGUCACGACUCAUCCGAAAGCGUUUUCUGUGCCUCGGCUGGGGUCUUCCAGCUCUAGUUGUAGCAGUGUCAGUGGGUUUCACCAGAGCGAGAGGUUACGGCACAGACAGCAAUUGCUGGUUAGCCUUGGAUGGCGGGUUGCUUUAUGCCUUCGUUGGACCUGCUGCUGUCAUCGUAUUGGUGAAUAUGCUCAUUGGAAUCGUGGUGUUUAACAAGCUCAUGUCUCGAGACGGCAUCUCAGACAAGUCUAAAAAGCAGCGAGCGGGUGUCCCGGCGGAGGCGCGUAGCCGACUGCUCCUGAAAUGCUCCAAGUGUGGCGUGAUCUCGAGCACCGCUAUGUCCAGCUCUACUGCCAGCAGCGCCAUGGCAUCUCUGUGGAGCUCCUGCGUCGUUCUUCCUCUGUUAGCAUUAACCUGGAUGUCAGCCGUGCUGGCCAUAACCGACCGCCGCUCCACACUUUACCAGGUCCUCUUUGCCGUCUUUGACUCGGUCCAAGGUUUCGUCAUCAUCACCGUCCACUGUGCAAUGCGCAGAGAGGUUCAGGAUGCGGUGCGCUGUCGGAUGGGGGGAUGUAAAGACGACAGCGAAAACUCACCCGACUCCUGCAAGAAUGGACAGGUGCAGAUCAUGACCGACUUUGAGAAGGAUGUGGACUUGGCAUGCCAAACAGAGAGAGGACACCCAUUCAUAUUCAAGGAGGUGAACACCUGUAACCCUGCAACCAUCACAGGGACCCUCUCUCGCAUCUCACUGGAUGACGAGGACGAUCCCAAGCUGGCGGCCCAUCAGGAUGGGGGAGUCGGGGUCAACUUUAGCUCCCUCCCUGGGAACAUCCCCCCUCCCAACCUCAUCGUACAGGUUCCAACCCUAGGGGGUCUGAACGAGCUGAGCGAGACGCCGCUAAAGAAGGAGGUAAACGUGGACCAGCAGCGACAGCAGGGGCAACAACGCAGCGGGGCUCCAAUCUACCUGUGCACUGAGAGCGGCCUGGGCUGGGCUCGACCCCCCACCUCCUCCAACACCUCUCAGGACGGGAGCGCCGGGAGUGGAGGAAGUGGAGGGGGAGGAGGAAGUGGCGGAGGCGGUGAGGGAGACUACAUGGUCUUACCUCGUAGGACGGUCAGUCUCAAACCUCCAGCGUCCUCCUCCCAGGGAGGGGGCCUGGGGAUGGGGGGUGAGGACAAGCCUCUCAACAUCGCAGUGGAUGAUCCCCCCUUCCCACCGCCUCCCUCUCCUCUCACCCUGCACCCAGCCGAGAGCGAGGCCUACCCGGCGGAUUUUGUGCCAUCAAGUGUGGGCGACAUGAACAUUGCCAUGAACCUGAACCGCUCCUACGGGACGAUCAAAACCAUGCCCCAUGGGCACGGCCACAUGAUGGCUCAAGGGGGUAUUGUACACUCCCACGGAGGACACAUGCACUCCCACGGGCACUCGCUCCAGCUGAAGCCGGGUCAGAGGCCAUCGGUCAGACAGAUUCUGACCGGGGGAACCACAGUGGAGAGAACCAGGACUCUACCACGCAACCUGGGCAGCACCAAUGCAAACACCAGCCUCUCUGCAGGAUCCCUGGAGAGGAAAAGAGUACGGUACUCUGAGCUGGACUUUGAGAAAGUGAUGCAUACUCGCAAAAGACAUUCUGAGCUGUACCAUGAGCUCAACCACUCCUCCAAGUUCCACACCAUAGACAGGUAUAACAGGGACCCAGCCAUGUCCACAUUCAAGAGGGAAAAGCGAUGGAGCAUUUCGUCUGCCGGAGGUGAAAAGAACUCGUCGAGUGACAAGUCCACCCCAGAGGACCAGAGCUCCUGGGACAGCUUCAAGACCAUGACCCCCGAGCUGUCCAUUGUGCCUGGGGAGCAGAAGGACCGGAUGGAGCUGCACAAUAAGAACUGGGACUCCUCCUCAGCAAACACACCCGACUCGUCCGAGGGAGACUUCCAGACUGAAGUGUGAAGACACACGGACGUAGACGCACUCACUUGACACACACACACACACACACACACACACACACACACACACACAGGCUCUCAUGCUGAGAUCCAAAUGCACACAGAGAUACUGAACUUCUCAAAAGCUAUACAUACGUACAUGAUUUUUUUUUUUUUUUUUUUUUUUUCCGCAAAAGAUCUCGCACACACAGCUCCCUGUCUCCUGCAACGUGCCGUCAGAUCCCAUACUGUAUUUGUUUACUGCUGCGGUGGACAGACGAGGAAAGAAGACUGUUCUACUCUAUAUUUUCGCAAAGACUAUUGAAAAGAAAGAACAGGAGCUCGACACGUCUGUGAAUGGGAACACAUUUUAAAUGAACAAAGAAAAAAAAAACUAUGAAAAACUUAUUUCUGAGAGAAAAAUGUCUUGAUUUUAUUCUGGAGAAAAAAAACAGAAAUCUCUUUCAAUUGUUUGAUGAUUUGGGGGGCGGGCUGCGAAAAAUAAUAUUUCUGCACCAUUGAGUUCUUUUUUAUAGCAAAGGGAUACAAAUCACACUGAAAUUUCUCGCACUGGCAGCCCCCUUCUUUCAUUUAUUUUCUUCAAAUCUUUAAUGGAUGACGACAGCAUCUUCUCUUUUUUUUUACUUUCAUUUUGAUCAUUUGGUUAACGUGGAGGGCAAGGGGAUGUGGGGGGCGGGGGAAAGCUGCUCACUGAUAUGUGCCAUCCUCUCCACUUUUUCUUUAGGCUCAAGUUUAACAAUCCUAUCCAUCCAUGACACUCACCUCCUCUCUGUCAACAUCAUAUUCCCUCUUUAUGUAUUUUCUACUUAUUUGUGAAAAAAAAAGAAAAAAAAAGAAAUUGUCCUCCCUUAUGGUUUGAAACGUUUAAUGGAAAAAUAAUAUGACUGAAAGAAAUAACUGAGUUGUGUUUUAUUAUCUAACUGUUCAAGAGGAAUUGAUUUAAUUUCAAACUGGUUCGUUUUUUUUUCUGGUUCUGCUGCCUUUAUUAUAAUUUUUUUGUUCAUUUCCUGUGAGAAUUAACCCAUGUGGAGCUUUGACAAAAAAAAAAAAACAUGAUUCAGGGCUCACAUGGCAAACAAAUGUGAUGUUGCUCUCUGUGUUAUCAAACCAUGAGGGAAAUGAAGGAUAGGGAUCGUUAUGCAGAUUCUUGAAUCCCCCUUUUCCCCCCACUGCUAAGAGAUACAAGCCUUUAAAGAUUACCCCAUGUGAAUCCAUCUCAGCCAUCACCAAUCGCAGUAAUGCCAUAAAAAGAGGAUAUUUCAUUCCUUUUCAACCCCAAAUAGAAUCCGUGCUAGCUCCGUUUAGCAUCUAAUAUUCUGCCAAAGCGCUAGCUUUAAAAGCUUAGACUGAAGAAUUCAUCAGUUUCAUUUCUCUCCCCCAGUUUCUGAGGAUAUAUAUUUUUUUUAACCUUAGGAGGCUCUUAAACCCAGACCUUUAUGAAGAGUUAGCAGCUGAGCAAAGUCCAAGAUUGCAAUCAUGGCUUCCACCUAAUGUCUCCACCUCUGUUGCUCAUUACGCCCACCAUUAUCGUCGUGCUAACAUGUUGCACAAAAUCCUAACAUUCAAAAUUUAGCCAGAUGUUGAGUUCAUAGUUCACAUGAUAACUUUCCGUGUGAUUCCUUUGCUUGUGAGCAAGCAGCUCCAAGAAAUUUAGAGCGAGACAGAAAGCUGUGGAGGGAGCCCCAGAGAGUCCAAGGCCACAAGGUGAAAGAGUGAAGAGGAAACAGAGAGAAAAAGGUUUAAAAGAAAGACUGGAGGUGUUUUGCUCCUUUGCUUCACAUUUAACAUCCCUACUUCAGUCUCUCAAAGAGGACAACAGGUUUUUCUGCUGUUGCUACAUUAGCGCAUCAGUCCUCCACACACGAGUGGGAGAAAAAAAAAAGAGCGUCAGAGUUCAGGAUGAAUUCAAUAGACAUCGUGAUAUUGUUUUUUUGCCGGUUUUCAAAAGGAGUCCCCAUUAAUCGAACAGCUCAGAGAUAGGAGAUGCGAGACAAUUUAGGCAGAAGAAAAAAGUGCAUGAGAAAAUGGUAGCCGAGCAAGAAGAUCCAAAAAUAUAUAUAAUGAGAAAGCUAGAGGCAUGGAAGAGAUGCAGAUUAAGAAGGCGAGAGCUCAAAACAGUAAUUAUCCGGGGAUGGCGAUUUGUCCUGACAUUUUCAGAAGCAGCCCUCGAACCAUCUGUUUAAAGAUCCCUAAUGUGGUGCUAGUGCAGCACAGCGCAGAUGGUGAGACAAGAGCGCGGCCCUGCUAACCUUUCAAGCUAAUCAGCAGAUAGACAAAACCUCACAGCUCACUCCUUCCUCUUGAGGAAGGAGGAGGAGCGAGGUGGGUUCGGUCCCCGUGUCGCCCCUCGCUUGAGGUCACAUUCUCCACGACCUUCUUUGAGACUUAGGAUUCCCACAGCACACGAGGUCCACACAGGACGGAGCAGAGCAGCGGCCUUCAUGGGUACAUGGUUUCAACUCCAUGUGGUGUGCAGCAGAAGGGAACAUCAGUCUCAGGGGAAACAGAUUUGACCUUUGAACUGACAAAUUCGUUUUUUGUAUGAGGAAAACUGAGCAUUUUUGAGAGGAAUUCUCCGCAAAGCCUUGUUCCUAUUUUAAUGUAUAAAUGGGAUUUGAUGAAAGAAAGAAAGAAAGAAAGAAAGAAGGAAUGUGAAUGUUUUAUUUCAGCACAGAUUUACUUCUUCAUAUUUUUUUAGUAUUGCACACUAACACUAUGACAGGUUUUUUUUUUAGUUUUCAACUCCAGGAACGGUAAGUUAGAUGUGAUUGACUGAUUCAGAUUCAUCUUUUGAAUGUGCCACCGGAACAGAGGAUCAUCUUUCCUGCCCUUGACACCCCCGCCCCCCCCGGUUCCUUUUUUAUUUUCUUUAAAUGAACUCUAGUAUGACGCAAAUGCUUAUACAUGAUGGUCAGAGUGUGUUUUUGUCAUCUUGUUUUCCUACGUGUGUUGAAAGCCUGCCAAGCUGAGAAGCCCAUAAAGAGAUAUGAACACAGGCAGAUGCCAAAUCAAAACCCUACUACUCUCACCUUGAACCCCUCCAGCUUUCGAUGCUAACGUGUUAGCCGACUGCUAAAACCAUCCAACAUUCUAGUUAAUUUACUCUUGAAAACCCCCUACUUUUCCCUUUGUCCCACAUUUUUGGUUCUUUUUUAUACAUAAGAUUGUACAAAGUAGUCCUCUAAUGUUUUCAUAGUGUCUUUUUUAUAUGAAAAUAAAUUUUCAAAUUGA